CCAACUCCGGAGGUGGGGGAAAGCAUCCUUCACCCAAGCAGGGCAACGCGGUCCGCGCGCGCUGGCCUGGAGUUACGGGAAGGCAGUAGAGAGCGGUUACCUCUGGGCUUGUGGCGCGGACGGGUGCGCGGGCGGAGGGCGGCUCUGCAAGAAGCAGGGAGUUGGUGAGACAUUUCUGAGGAUGUUCCUGCUUGGCUCAAAGCUCCUGUUGCUGGCUGUCCUUUUUGGGGUGGCUCACGCAGCUCCUGCUUCAGAUGGAGAUGAGCAGCCUGAAGAAGUACUUCUAAACUUUCCCAAGGAUGAAGCUAGUCUGAAUGAAAUGUUCCGAGAGGUAGAAGAGCUGAUGGAGGACACACAGUACAAGUUGAGGAAUGCAGUCCAAGAGAUGGAGGCAGAGGAAGAAGGUUCUAAAAGGAUAGAAGUUGACUUUGAGAAGCUACCUGCCAACUACCACAAUGAGUCGGACACAGAUACAAAAAUUGGAAAUAAAACCAUACAUAGUCACCAAGAAAUUAAUAAGGCCACAGAUAACAGGACUAGAUCGACUAGCUAUUCUGAAACUAUUAUUACAUCAAUACGGGAAGGAGAGAGCAAAAGGAAUCAUGAGUGCAUUAUUGAUGAGGACUGUGAGACAGGAAAAUACUGUGAAUUCUCUGGCUUGGAGUACCAGUGUCAUGUUUGCAAAACUCAAUACACACAAUGCUCUCGAGAUGUGGAGUGUUGUGGACAUCAACUGUGCGUCUGGGGUGAGUGCGUGAAAGCUGCCUCAAAAGGAGAAAAUGGAACGAUUUGUGAAAACCAGAAAGACUGCAAUCCUGGAAUGUGUUGCGCAUUUUCAAAAGACCUUCUGUUCCCUGUGUGCACCCCAUUACCUGGAGAGAGAGAGCCUUGCUACGAUCCUUCAAACAGGCUUCUUAACCUAAUUACAUGGGAGCUGGAGCCAGAUGGAGCCCUCGAUCGUUGCCCAUGUGCACAUGGAUUCAUUUGUCAGAUGCAGAGGCACAGCAGCGAUUCUGUGUGUGAACUCUCUUUCAAUAAGACCCAAAAUGAGGAGAAGCCUUUACCAGUGGAUGAAAUAUCACUUCUGGAUUUUGUAACCUCACACAUUCCUGGCGACUAUGGAGAGAGAUUGAUUACAGAAGUACAGGAAGGUUUGGAUGAAGACACAACUGAUCCAAAGAAACUGGAUCUGAUUUUUGGAGAUGAAAUGUAAAAUAGUUAAGCAAGUUAAUUAGUCACACUCACCAUUCUAGCAAUUUAGUGUCUUGUUUGAUAACUCUAAACUUGCACCCCUUUUCACUACUGGUUAUAAGUGCAAUAAUUGAGAGUAUACUUGCAUGAUCAGAUGAGGUUUUCUCUUUUCAAGCUCAAACCAAAUUCUACACAAAAAUGCCAAAGGUUGUGGACAAGUUUGAGUUUUAAACAAGGCUUGAACUUGUUGAUGGAUAGAUUAAUUUAAGUCUAUUUAUGAUUAUUGGUGGUGGUUUGAGCUCUGCGUUUUAUGUAUAUGUUGCUUGUUUUUUUCAAAAUUUGUCAAGAGCCUUCUUGAUUUUUUAGACUGGGCAUUGUUUUUAUUCAGUCUUUUAAAAUAUAACCAAUGACACUGCUGUAACUGUGUAUUUUAAAGACAGCAACUACAGGGACUUGAGAUUUUAAAAUGAGGUAUAAAGGAUGAGAAAAGUCAGUGUGGCAUGUAAUUUAGCAAUAAUUAGUGAAAAGCAUCUCUAACAAAUAUCUGAGUGGAAUGAAACUUUAACAUCAAAAGGAUAGUAAUCAUUCCUCUAGAUAGCUAUUUUAUCCCAUCCUAGAAGCAGGUUCUAGAAGGCAUGUAUGUUUUAUAUAAAAUGCAUAUUUGCUAUUGAACACUUAAAAUAAAGCAGUAUGAUUUGAAAAAAGGCAUAUGGAUCCUACUAUCUUCUCUAGUAAUGGGCACAAUCUAGUAAUGAGCCCCUCUCCUAGUAUAAUCUAUUGCAGCCCUUACCUGGUGAUAUGACCAAUAGGCUCAUCUGCUCCAGCAGUCAAGCCCCUCCCUUAAUAAUGCUGAGAACCACCAGGUCCAAACUUCACAAGUAAUUUAUCCUAAACCUGUUGUGAUACCUUUUAAACUUUAGGAAAACCCCAAAGUUGUUAAGGUUUUUUGUUACAAAAACGGCAGAAAAAUGUGAUUUUUCUAUUGACUUUCCUAAGAUCCAGGACAAAGCCCAGCCUUUCAGAAAUUUCCCCCAGACGUGAAUUCUGCCUUGAAAUCCUGGUAAUUUCUAGGAAAAUCCGGAUGUCUGGCAGCCCUAUUUCAAAUAACAUACUCCUGAUAAUACUGAGCACAUAGUAGACUAAAGGGGAACUCUUGCAAUUGGGGGCUAGAGUGGAAACAGAACCCAGCCCGCUCCAGUAGGAAAGAAAAAAAGAAAUUGAGACUAUGUCAAAGCUGAGUUACUAAUACUGUGGUAACUUAAUUCUAUAUUACAGCUAAGGGCAGUCUCUUCAUGUUUUCUAAGGAAGGUACUGAAACCCCUUUUUUAAAAAAGAUGCCAAGACAGAGUGCAGCUGCCAGAUAACUAUCAAAAUGUCAAUUCAAUAUCUAUGCUGAAAUCUCUAAAGUGUGUUAAUUUCCAAGCAGGCACAGUCAGAUAAGGGGAGUUAGCAAGAGACCAUACUCUUUAAAAGCAUUUGGCUGUGAGAUGUAACAUGUAAUACUUAACUUCUUCAGUCAUUCCCCCCCCCCCACAUAGAACGCACCUGCAUGCCUGGCAAUAGCCAUCUGUCCAGUCCCGUCCCUAAUUGUUCCGAACUACAACUGUUUGUUCAAGAAGGUAGCUUUCUUACAGCCAAAGUCCUUGCUCUCCCCUCCCCUCACUCAACUAUUUAAAGAUCAUAAGUCUAUUAUAACACUUAAAUAGCAAGAGGAAGGUGGGUUUGAAAUCCGAUGCUCAAAUUAGUUGGAACAAAAUGAUGUUCCUUAUUUGGCUCAGCCCUGCAGUCUAGCAUCACCAUUUUUUUAAAAAGGUGAUUGAGCUGGCUCUCGCAGCACCCUGAAUUGCAACUUGAAACCCUUGUCUCAAAACUGCAUGUUGAAAGCAUAGGACUGACACCAAGCCGCAUGUGACUUUCUUCCAUAAUCUGCUGCAGGGCCUUGAUAAUUUCUGCAGGCUGCAUGCUAAGUAGACCUUUGGCUUGAAAGUUAAAUCCAAAAAGAAAAACUUGGUAUCAUGAAGACUAGAGGAAAUAUUUUCCUCAAGUUAUUAAAAGAAGUCCAGAGAAAAGUUAUUAAAAUAACAGAAUGAACAAAUGUUUUAUUGGCAUGUUCAUUGUUGUAAACAGCAUCUGGCAUGGAAAAGUUUACCAAAACCUUUUAUUGAUAUAAAUUAGAUGGUAUUUCUGAAAAAAAGGACAACCUUCUAUAGAAUUGUUUGUACUGUAAUUGAUCUUAAGAACAUAGCAAAGCAAAAUCUUGUCUAAGCUUUGCAAAUGAAAUCAUGUUUACUGCAUCAAUCUGUACCACUCCUGAACUACUGGAUAAUUUAUACUGGGAGAUGUCCAACUUUUUAAAAAGCUACAUAUAAAAACUAUGAUCAACUCCAAAGAAAAAUAAAGUAUGACUUGUAAUGGUACUAGAAGAUCCAAACCUGUAAGAGCUCAAAAACAAAAAUGUACAAAAAUAAGUAGCUGACCCAAAAACCCACCCCCAAAAACUCAGUAACAAGGGAAAAUUACAAAUCUAAGUACCAAGCAUUUGCCAAACACAAAAUGAAUACAAAUUUAAAUAGGCAGCUAUACUUUUAAAUGUAUACAGUGAAUAUUGAUAUGUGAAGAGAAAUACCAUAGUAAGCAGCUGAAAUGUAGUUCUGCUAACUCAGGACAGAGUUGUAUUUACACACUUGAAUGGCACAGUGAAGUCACCUGUUAUUCAUAACCUAAAUAAAAAUUGGUUACAACACUGCUCCAAAAUGAAACACCAUCUGCUGGUAAUGGUAACUUCUGCUAAAAAAUACAUUUAUUCUUUUUACUUCAGAGAUGUCCUGCUUUGUAGAAGAGAAAACUUAAUGAGAGUCAGAUAAAAAUGUUAACUUUUAAGGGUUGGAUUCUGCCAAUUCCAUCACAUUUCCACUCGAGCUUUUCAAAAAGCCACUGUCACAUUUACUUCAGAAAUCUUCAAUGAGGUAAUGUGUGCAUCAGUGAAAAAAACAGAAAAGAAUUCAUUCAUGGCCUUUGCACAGCUUUUAUUAUCAAGCUAUGAAUAUCCUGUUUGAGGCUAGUUUACUAGCUACUGUUAUGUGCACAUUGUCAAAUUGCUCAUUACCCCUCCCCGCCCCAUUUUUGUUUAGUUUUGUUUAUUUGCACAUCCCUUUAUCUUUACAGUACAUUUGACUAUAGUGCACAACAUGAUUCCAAAUCAAACAGUAACUUGACUGGGCACUGAGCUUGAUUGGGCUGCAGUUUUACCAAUCAGUGCUGGUGUCUUUACACCUAAUGUCCUGCCAUAACGGCACUACACAGUAGUAGUGUACCUCUCACAUGUAACAAAAAAUUCCCCAGGGAAAAUGCUGAAAUAUCAGUCUUGAGUCAAAUCUUUAUUUGGUGCUCCAUCCAGAUAUAUUUUUAAUGCUUUUUCUUUACGGGGGGAGUAGGUCACACGGUGUCCAGUUUUCUGAAGUCGGCUGCUUUCCUUUUUCAUUAACUCAUUUCUCUGCUCUUCCGUUAAUUCCACCACUUCUUCAGUUUUAUCCCU